AUGCUACUGAUAAGGGAGCGUCCUCAGCGGGCCUCCAGAGUUCUGCUGGACAUCCAGGCUGGUGCUCCAGUAAUAAUCAUCCCAGAGAGCUCAAGUUCAAGCAGGGUGAUUGUGGCCAAUUUGGGCCAGCUGGAGCUGCAGAACUGCUUCUUACCUGCCGGGGCUGCUGGCACUUUCUCCGGCCGAGACAAGGUAGAGAAACUCACCAUGGCACAUGCCUUUUUCCCUACUCUGAAGGAGUCCACACAGAAGGCAGAAGCGUGGACUUAUGAGCAAAGACAGCAUAAAAAGCCCCCCAGCAGCCUCAACUUGUGGACCAAUGGCAGCACACAGCCUGACCAGCUCACCUCAGAAGACCACGUGUGUCUCUUGGACUGCAUUGCUCUGGAUCUGCAGCAGAUGGAUAUAUUUGCUGCCGAGCGCCUGCCCUGCCAGCCGUGUGACCGAGGCUGUAAAUCCACGGAAAUGUCCGAUCUUAUUUUCCCUUCAUACUCUGUCCGUCGCACGGGAGGCAACCUGCUGAAAGAGUGCUGCCGCCUCCAGCUUAAAGUGGAGCGCAACCUGGACAGAGAGCUGAGUCAGGCGGUGGCAGACAUGAGCAUCUCUGGCAGCCUGUCCUCUGUGCACUGCUCUCUGGACACACAACAUUAUCAGCUGAUUCGAGGGCUGCUGGAGAACAACCUUGGGGAGCCCGUUGAAGAAUACCUGCGCCCCUUCAGCCUGCAGGACCCCAGCACCUACACCGUCUUAAGUGGAGAUGUCUACACCAACUUGUCCAUCCUGGUGGACAUGAUGGACGUCAGUCUGGAGCUCACGGACCGCAGUUCAACCAGCGGCCACAAACGCUCUCUAGCAAGGUUUAACUUCAUCAAAUCCAAACUGCUCUUUGAGAGUUUCUCCAACGGCUCCAAGUCGGUCAACUUGGUGUCCCACUCGCUGCUGGCGUACGACACUCGCUGCACUGGACAGCACCAGAGGACUGGACAGCACCAGAGGACUGGACAGCACCAGAGGACUGGACCUGGACCUGACGGGACCUGCGGACACAACGUCUUCCACUGCAUCCUCCAGCCUUCCAAAGCUGCCACCAACCAGGCUUCUCUGCAGCUGGAACUGCAUUACAGAUCCACACAGGACUCCUCCUGCUUCACGGUGGUCCUGAACAACCUGAGGGUCUUUCUCAUCUUUGACUGGCUGCGGCUGGUGCAGGACUUCCUGCAAACGCCAGUGAGGAAGCCCUCAGGUGCAGAGAACCCCGGUAACAACAGCACGGACCCGGGACUCACCGCUGCUGCCGUCACCACCACCAUACCAAAGAGGGUCAAGAGUGGUGUGGUCACCAAGAGGUCCACGGUGCCAGUGACCCACAACCGCUGCUUGGAGGUCAAGGUCAAUGUGACAGGCACAGAAUUUGUGAUAGUGGAGGACUCCAACUGCCUGGAUACCAACGCCAUCAUCCUCAAAGGCACCACUGUCCUCACCUACAAGCCUCGUCUCCUGGACAGACCUUUCUCUGGAAGCCUGGCUGGCAUCGAGGUCUUCUCCUGUUGUCUGGGCAGCGAGCAGGAGAGCGCUCUGUCCAUCGUGGAUCCUGUCAAUGUCCAGGUGGAGCUGUGUGGCAGCCCCACCUACCAGAGCAGCUCCGGGCUGCUGGACGCCUUCAGUGUGGAGGACAUCCCGCCCCUGCUGGAGAUCCAGUUUCCUGUCCUGGACAUCCGCCUGUCCUACAAUGACAUUCAGCUCUUCUUGGCCAUCGCCAAGUCCAUCCCUGAGGUCAACGCUUCUGACUCGGAUGUUGCCACUUCGACUCCAACUGUGUCGGCCCACGCAACCAAACACUCGGGGAGAAAAAGUCUGGCCCAUAUAGAGGGGCAGCUCAUUCAUCUGCAGGAUCUUGGCUUCCGGAAGGAAGACUGCAAAAAGGCCCUCCUUCUCUGUAAAGGUCACCUGGACCAGGCUGCCACCUGGUUGCUUGAAAAUGCAGAGAACAUGGCAGGCCGCUCCAAAGCCGGAGCCGACUGUGGUUCUUCCAGUCAGGCAGCUGUUCUGUCUGGGAUUGAAGUGAAGGCCGAGAGCAUCUGCAUCUGUCUCAUCGACGACUGCCUGGACCGAGACAUACCUCUUGCUGAGCUCACCUUCUCACGACUAAAUGUCUUGCAGCGUAUUGGUUCCACCCAGGAGGGCAAUGCCAGCUGUAGUUUGUCAGGAGACUACUACAACAGGGAGCUGGCAGGAUGGGAGCCCUUCAUAGAGCCCUGGCCAUGCUCCCUGUCCUGGCAGCAGCAGGCGGCUGGCAGGCUCCACCCUCCACGUUUGAAGAUGAGCGUUCGAGCCAAGCAGCGACUUGACAUCAACAUCACGUCUGUGCUGCUGGAACAGUACAACACCACCAAGACAUCUUGGAUGGCAGACUACUGGAAGAAGGACGAGCAGCCCAGUCAGUCCUCACCCACCUUGUCCUGGGUCGGCUCCUCCGUCGACCCGCCCAGCUUCGGACCCAGUGCUCCUCUCUCUCACCUCAGGACUCGGAGCACUGCCAGCUUGACCGCUUUUGAUCAACAAGCUUCAGACUCCCGAGAUGUUAAAGUGUCCAAGAAGAGGCAGCCGUUUGUACCUUACGCUCUGUGCAACCACACAGGAUGCACCAUGUGGUUCGCCACUCUGACUACCACCCCCACCAGAGUGGCGCUCUCUCACAGCAACAGUGCAGACUCCAUCGGGGACCUCCACGGGCCCGGCACUGACGACGGCCACAAUGUCAGUCAGUGGCGAGAAGUCUUUCCUGGGGAGGAGAUUCCUUUUGAGUUUGAAGCACGGGAGAAACUUCGCCACAGGCACACUCACGAGUUGAAGCUGCACCAGCUGCUGGUGCGGGUGUGUGGCUGGGAGCAGGUGAAGCCCGUGUCUGUGGACAAAGUGGGCGUGUUCUUCCGCUACGCAGCUCCAGACAGAAACAAUGCAUCCAACAUUGUGGGCAGUCCUAUCAGCAGGACCAACAUCAUCCACCCACAUGUCUAUUUCUCAGCAUUGCCUCCAGUGAGAGUGGUCUUCUCCAUCACCAUGGAGGGAAGUGCCAGGAAGGUGAUAACUGUGAGAUCUGCCCUCAUUCUGAAGAACCAGCUGGAUGUUGCCAUGGAGAUCAGACUGGACAGCCCCUCUGCCCCUGACAAACCUGUGGUGUUGCCUCCUAUAUUGCCUAACCAGGCCUUGGCGGUUCCACUCCACCUGACCUCAUGGCGUCUACAGGCCCGGCCCAAGGGCCUGGGCCUGUUCUUCUGUAAAGUUCCCAUCCACUGGACCAGUGUGGAGCGAGCCGGAGAGUUGAGCAGCAGCAGGAGGGAUUGCCAGUCAGCAGACUUUGACCUCAAGCGGAACUUCAGGUUUUGCGUGGUCAUCAAAAAAGAGCACUACCCUGACCAGCGGCCUGCCAAGAAGGUGUCCGGUACCACCAAGGAGAUCUAUCGCCAGCCGGGCCACACCAUCUUUCUGUUGCCCACGGUGGUGCUGGCCAACCUGCUGCCCUGCGACAUCAACUACUACGUGAAGGGAACCUCCGUCAAAGGCUCUCUGAAGCCCGGCAAAGAAGCCGUGCUUCAUGCCAUGGACACGUCCCAGAACAUGGAACUAGGUGUGCUGUUUGAGAACUUCCCGCUGUGCAAAGAGCUGCUCAUUCCCCCGGGAACCCAGAACUAUGUGGUCCGGAUGAGGCUGUACGACACCAACAAGCGUCUGCUCUGCCUCACCAUCCGCAUCAUUCUGCGGGCCCAGGGGGCGCUGAAGAUCCUCAUCUCUGCCCCCUAUUGGCUGAUCAACAAGACAGGCCUUCCCUUAAUUUUCAGACAAGACAACGGCAAAGUGGAUGCUGCAGGCCAGUUUGAUGAGCAUGAACUGGCCCGAAGUCUCAGCCCGUUACUCUUCUGCUACACCGACAAGGAGCAGCCGGCUAUGUGUACUAUGCGGGUCGGGAAGGGGAUCCAUCCAGACGGCGUUCCAGGCUGGUGCCAAGGUUUCUCCCUGGAUGGAGGAAGUGGAGUCCGGGCCGUGAAGGUCAUCCAGCAUGGUAACAGGCCUGGCCUCAUCUACAACAUUGGUAUCAGUGUGCGGAACGGAAAGGGACGCUACCGAGACACUCACAUUGUGACCUUUGCCCCCCGCUACUUGCUGGACAACAGCUCCUCACACAAGCUGGCUUUUGCUCAGCGGGAGUUUGCCCGGGGAAAGGGGACUGCCAACCCCGAGGGUUACAUCUCCACCCUGCCGGGCUCCAGCGUGGUCUUCCACUGGCCCAGGAAUGACUAUGACCAGUUGCUGUGUGUGCGCCUGAUGGACUCCCCCACCUGCACCUGGUCAGGAGGCUUUGAGGUCAACAAACCAAAGUCCUUUCACGUCAACAUGAGGGACACCAUGGGGAAUUGCUUCUUCCUGCGGACGGAGAUCACCAUUAAGGGAGCCACCUACCAGGUCUCCUUCACUGACACUGACCAACUGCCCCCACCUUUCCGUAUCCACAACAUCUCUGAGGUUCCGAUCCAGUUCUGGCAGCACGGCGUGGUGGACAUCAAGCUGCACACCGAGGUGAAGGCCGACUCAGAACUGGACUACGCCUGUGACGAACCAACACUGCCGCCGUACCUGACUCUCACCGUGAAAGGUGCCGGGUCUUCGGAGGUCACGGCUGACAUGAACUUCUUCCGAGAAUACAACAAGCUCUACUACGAGAACUUCAUCUACAUCGCAGCCACCCACACCUUCUCACAGAGCGCUGGCAGGAGACGAGUUGGCAAGAAACAUCUGGUAACUUGUGCUGAGUUGGUUCUUGAUGUGGACACCAAGACACAGAGGGUCAUCUUGAAGAAGAAGGAGCCUGGCAAACGCUCCCAGCUGUGGAGAAUGACGGGCACCGGUAUGCUCUGUCAUGAAGGCUCCUCUCCGCCGCAGAGCAAGCCUGCUCAGCCACGGCCCAUGGACUCUUCUCUGGUCCUGGACAUUGCAGGUCUUGCAGCUGUCAGUGACAACAGUUAUGAGCCCUUGAUGCUCAGGAGACCAGACCCUCGCCGCAGCACCACCCAGACCUGGCACUUCAGCUCCUGCAUGCUGACUUGUGGACUUCCUCGCCUCGUUGUACAGGCGAGGGGCGGCAUGGAGGGUCUGUACGAUGGAGCCGAAGUGGUGUUGGGACCGGACUCUGGACUUAUGGAACCCGGUCCUGAACAGCAGUUCAUCAACCAGAAGAUGAGGCCUGGUUCUGGGGUGUUGUCUGUUCAGGUGCUGCCAGACGGACCCACACGGGUUCUGCAGAUCAGCGACUUCAACCAGAGAAGAAUGGUCCACAAGUCAGCAGAGGCAGACAAGAACAAAGAGGAGGUGAAGAAGAAGGAGCCUGAACAGGAACUGGAGGUGUUGGUGAACCUGGAGGAAGGGAUCGGCGUGUCGCUUCUCAACAAGGUUCCUGAGGAGCUGGUGUUCGCCACACUGUCAGGUAUUGAUGUCCACUUCACACGCACGGCGGCCAACGAGGUGUUGGAGAUGAGCAUCAGCAACAUCCAGGUGGACAACCAGCUGCUGGGCACCACCCAGCCCGUCAUGCUGUGUGUGACGCCAACGUCCAGUGAGGGCAUGGUGCUGGACAGCGGGCCAGCCUUGCAAGUCAACUCCGUCAAAGUUCCCAGCAGCCUGAUGCUCACCGACAUCUUCAAGCACCUGAUGGUGACAGCUGGACGCUUCAGUGUCAUCAUCGAAGAGAAGUUGUUGCUCAAGAUACUCAGCUUCUUUGGGUAUGGACAGACUGAAGCAGAGCUGGAGAAACUGGAUGAAAACCUGCAUGAGAGACCCAACAGGGAUGCAGGACCCCCCAAACGCUACUACUUUGAGAACCUGAAGAUCAGCCUCCCUCAGGUCAAGCUGAGCGUCCUCACCUCUCACAAGCUGCCUGCCGACCUCAAGGCUUUGAAAGGUACCCUGGGGUUCCCGCUGGUUCGUUUUGAGGACGCUGUUGUCAACAUGUACCCCUUCACCAGAGUGCACCCCUACGAGACCCAGGAGAUCAUCAUCAACGACAUCCUCAAGCACUUCAGAGAGGAGCUGAUCAGCCAGGCAGCCCAGAUCUUGGGAUCGGUGGACUUCCUCGGGAAUCCGAUAGGACUCCUCAACGACGUGUCUGAGGGAAUGUCGGAGCUCAUCAAGUACGGCAACGUGGGCGGUCUUAUACGCAACGUGACGCAUGGCGUGUCCAACUCUGCUGCCAAGUUUGCAGGGACCUUAUCUGAUGGGCUGGGGAAGACCAUGGACAACCGCCACCAGACUGAGCGAGAGUACAUCAGAUACCACGGCGCCACUAGUGGAGAGCACCUGGUCGCUGGCAUCCACGGACUAGCUCAUGGGAUCAUAGGAGGCAUGACCAGCAUCAUCACCUCCACCGUGGAGGGCGUGAAGACGGAGGGUGGAGUCAGCGGCUUCUUCUCUGGUCUGGGUAAAGGUCUGGUCGGCACGGUGACCAAACCGGUGGCGGGAGCGCUGGACUUUGCUUCAGAGACGGCACAGACGGUCCGAGACAUGGCGAGUCUCAGCAACCACAGGUCAAGUGUACAUCGUGUGAGGAAGCCUCGCUGCUGCAAAGGUCCCCAGGGUCUCCUCCCCCGCUACUCGGCCCUGCAGGCUGAGGGUCAGGAUCAGCUGUUCCGCCUGACAGACAACAUCCAGUCUGAGUUCUUCAUCGCAGUGGAGCCCAUGGACAGCUACAGCGUGCUCAUCUCCUCCAAAGUGGUCUACUUCCUGAAGCCUGGAGAGCAGGUGGACCGUGAGGCCAUUUUCCUGGAGAUCAAGUAUGACGACCUGUACCACAGUCUGGUGUCCAAGGACCAUGGCAAAGUCUAUGUGCAGCUCACCAAGAAGGCUGAGAGCACCAGCAGUGGAGUCGCCAUCCCUGGACCCUCCCACCAGAAGCCCAUGGUGCAUGUGAAGACUGAAUCUCUGGCUGUCAAAAUCUCCCAAGAAAUCAACUAUGCCAAGAGUUUGUAUUACGAGCAACAGCUGAUGCUGCCUGCCACUGACGACCAGGACUGCUUGUUGCUGGAGUCCUGAUCUCACACACACACACACACACACACACACACACACACACACACACACACACACACACACACACACACACACAGGUAUACAUAUCAGUCUUUCUAAAACUCAAUAAGACCAUUUUUGUUGAGAUCUCAGAGAGAGUGACAUGAGUCACACGCUCUCAUUUCCCACAGAGCACAUAAUAGUUUUAAUGAGUGCAUAUUUAUGAUGUCCUCACAUGUACAUACUGUAUCAUGCAAGUCUUCCAUAUCAUCUGUAAAUAUGACACUAUGGAUGAUGUGAAUAUAACACUGUGUGACUUUU